AUGCACCUCUUUGUAGACGCAAGCGAUACAGCGUAUGCAGCCGUGGUGUACUUACGCCUGAAAACCGAACGUGAAAUACAAGUUGCACUUGUUGGUGCAAAAACCAAAGUUGCACCACUGAAGGCCCUGUCGAUUCCGCGACUUGAACUUAAAGCGGCUGUACUCGGAACACGUCUAUUAGAGACGAUUCAAAAUCAACAUUCAUAUCCGAUAAAUAAGCGUUUCUGCUGGAGUGAUGCAAACACAGUUCUGGCAUGGAUUAAUGCUUCUGAUCAUCGACGGUAUCACAAGUUCGUCGCCGUUCGAGUCGGUGAAAUAUUGUCGUCUACGCAACAAUCGGAAUGGAACUGGGUUCCAUCGAAAAUGAAUGUAGCGGACUUAGCAACUAAAUGGAGCAACCCUCCGCAGCCAACAUCGAACAGUACAUGGUUCCACGGUCCGUCCUUUCUCUACACUCCAGAGGACGACUGGCCUAGACAGAAAGCGAGUACACAAACUGAAGAAGAACUUCGGCCCAGCCAAUGUUGUCUAUCACACUUUUCGCCCAGCAUAGUACUUGAACGAUUUAAUCGUUGGUCAAAGUUGCAGCGUGUAGCUGCGUAUGUCAUCCGCUGGAUUGAUAACCUUCAUAGGCGCAAACAUGGAGAUAACCUCGAACUCGGCUGCCUUACCAGUGGCGAAUUGCGUCGAGCUGAAGAAAUAUUGCUGAAGACAGCCCAAGGCGAGUGCUACACCGAUGAAUAUGCCAUUCUCAACAAGACUAGAGGGCGCCCUGAAAGUCAUCAUCCCAUCGUACACAAAUCCAGCACAAUCUAUAAAAGACUUCCAUUCCUGGAUGAAGUGGGGAUUCUACGUAGCCGGGGCCGAAUUGGUGCGGCACCAUACGCACCAACUGAGGCUAAGUUUCCAAUCAUUCUUCCUAAGCAGCAUUUGAUUAGUUUCCUUAUUGCAGACUGGUACCAUCGCCGCUUCCGCCACGCCAAUCGUGAAACCGUGUUCAACGAGAUGCGUCAACGCUUUGUAAUAACUUCACUCCGACGGCUGCUAGACCAAGUUGAACGAGCAUGUACUUAUUGUCGAAUCGCAAAAGCUGUUCCUCGACCACCGGUCAUGGCAUCACUUCCCGAGAUGCGCUUGACAGCAUUCAUUCAGCCGUUCACCUUCACUGGACUGGACUACUUUGGUCCCAUAUUGGUAAAAAUUGGUAGAAGUAACGUGAAGCGAUGGGUAGCCCUCUUCACCUGCCUCACUAUCCGAGCUGUACACAUGGAGGUAGUGCAUUCAUUAAGCACUGUGUCGUGCAUCAUUCAACGAUUUGUUGCUCGCAGGGGCCAACCAAGAGAAUUCUGGUCCGAUAACGCUACAUGCUUUCAAGGCACAAGUAACGAGCUCAAAGAACGUAAUAAAAUUCUGGCCGAGAAAUUCACAACCCCGGAGUGUACCUGGAAAUUCAUCCCCCCCGCGGCGCCACACAUGGGGGGUGCAUGGGAACGGCUUGUACGUUCAGUUAAGGUAGCUAUCGGAGCAAUUUCCGAAAGUUCACGUAAGCCAGACGAUGAGGUACUGGAAACAAUUCUGGCGGAAGCAGAAGGAAUGAUCAAUUCAAGACCGCUUACAUACGUCCCUCUAGAAUCCGCUGAUCAAGAAGCUUUGACCCCCAACCACUUCUUGUUGGGUGCGUCUUCCAGAGAGAAGUUUCUCCCCACUGAAGCCCUUGACAGUCGAGUGACACUGAGAAACAGUUGGAAACAUGCUAGAUACAUUACACAAGACUUCUGGCGGAGAUGGAUCAAAGAAUACUUACCGAUGAUCACUAGGUGGUGCAAAUGGUUCGAAGGUGUAAAGGAACUGGAAGUGGGCGACUUAGUAUUGGUGGCAGGCGAAGUGGCGAGGCACCAGUGGAUUCGCGGACGGAUCGAAGAAGUGGUUCCCGGAAAAUACGGGAUAGUGCGGCAAGCGUUGGUGCGGACAUCAUCGGGACUUUUACGUAGAGCCGCGGUGAAAUUGGCUAUUCUAGACGUCGAGAAAGAUGGUAAACCUAGUUGCGGUACUCUUGGUCGUGCAGAUCCACACCAAGGUUUACGGGCGGGGGUAUGUUCCGAUGAAAUCCCUGUUCACGGCAACACUGGCGGCAGUAUCUCUGAAACCGACUCUGUCGUAAAAUAA